AUGGCAGAAUUCGGUGCAGGUGAAUUAUUGGUUACCUCUAUGGAUGCAGAUGGGACUAAAGCGGGCUAUGACAUUGGCUUAAUGCGUCAAAUCAAUGAUCGUGUCACCAUUCCAACCAUUGCGUCAGGUGGUGUGGGUGGUGCCGAUGCUGUAUUGGCAGCCUCGAUAUUCCAUUUUGGUCAAUACUCUAUUCCUGAAGCGAAACAAUACCUUGCUAAACAAGGGAUUGAAAUGCGUCUUUAA